CCCGAGGAAGAUGAUUUAUUGGCUGUGAUUUAUCGGCUUGCUUGAGGCUUUUUGUUGGGCGGAAAAGGAAAUCCUUUUUUUUAAAGAAAUCGUUAAAAUCCGGCUUCACAUUGGGAACCGGAAUACCGAGAACCAUUAUCGCUGACUGUGCAGACGGAAGAUUUUAUUGAGCACCGAUUUGAAUACGCAAUUCAGCUGGAAACUGAGACGGGGAAAAUGUGUGACUGUGUGUAUGAGUUCUCGUAGAGCGGUUGAUGUGAAAAGUUUGCAUGUGAAACGUUGGAUGUAGUGAACGAUUUUGAACAGCAAUGUGCAUUGAGAGAUGCAUCAUAAUUGACUAAAUUAACGUGUAGUUAGAGAGUUAGAGAUCAAUCGCAAAGCGAACAAGAUAAUGCGACGUGGUUAUUUUUAACUGGUGAGCAUUUUUAUAAGGUUAGUAAUGUCCAAUAGGGAACGACAGUUACGUUGACAGUAGCAAACAUGAACAAAGCACUAGCAAUCGGUUGGACAUUGGCUUUGGUGUGGCUUUCCCUGGCGGCCAUGGUAGAUGGAGUUCUCUACGAGAUAGAGCUGAACAACUUUGAGGCAGUUCCGCAGGAGAUAGAUGACUUUCUGGAGUACGGAACGAUUCGGCUGACUCGCAAGGGAAGGAAUCAGCUUGGAGUUUCCGGUUCCUUUAGCGUGUUAACUAAUGCAGGGAAGGAAACACUGGUUCGCUGGAUAGUAUAUAAGUAUGAUUUUAUGGGAAACAGGCGAAUGUUCGUGAAUGGAGAAGGUACGUUGUGUGAAAUUAUUGCCAAGGACGAGCUCAUCUAUCCGAACUUGCUGGAAACGUCCAACAUGCCGCCGCAAGACGCGUGUCCCUUCCCGAAAGGCAACUACACGAUCAAUAACUUCGUAAUGGAUGAGCAAAGAUUACCACCAGCCGUACCGGCCAGUGAUUGGUUGAUAGAAACAAUCAUUACCCGUGGUGGUAAAAUUGGUGGUGGCUUCAGAGUUAGUUUUACUACCAAAUAAAGCAGGGCAUAUGAGGAUUGAGUCCACAAAAAACAAUAAUUCUUUAUAAAGUGCAUAAUAUGCGUAUUGGAAAGAUUGUUGUUUUGCUUUUUUCAUGCGAAAGCUCAGAUUUAAUAUCCAUAUUUACCUUACAGUAUUGAUGAUAGCAGUGUAUACUUUUUAACAUGAAUGAUGCAUUCUGCUGUUAGCAAAUAAAUCAGAUUAGAAUGACUGUAA